GUGAGCUUCGGCUGUGUGCUGUUCGUCGGCUGCGGAUCCGGCUUCUCUGUAUGAGGAUGCGCCGGUGAUUCGGUGGAGGAAGAAGUCACCGGAGACAGAGAAGAACACACGAACUCGGAGCAUAUAGCACGGUAAGAGAUUCGAGUGAAAUCGCCUUAAAUAAACACUUGGCAGAAAGCAUAGCAAUUGUCUCAUUCAGAAGUUGGUAGCUUUUCUUGGAUUAUCGUCGGGACAAAAAGAUUCUUUUAUAUAUUCGAUAUUGCUACAUCUUUGUGAUGGCUGGCCUGUUGUUGAGGAAUAAUAUCAGAACCUGCAAGUAAUCUCAUGCGUUCCUAGUGCUUUGCUUAGCGCUAUAUUGCUAAUGCCACAUGAUUUGAUAUAUCUCUAAUUCAGCAGCACGCCAGCACUGCUGUUAUUGACGACAUACAAGAAAGACAUCAAUUAUUGCUCCAUCCUAAUCCAAACUGCAUAUAACAUUUAGUUUGGGUUCUUGGGCCGUGGGCAUUAUUACUGUGCCAGCAUGCCGCACCCCAACUGGUUGUUAUUGUCACAUGUCACUUUCAAUCUAGCUGUUUUUUGUGAUAUUAUUAAGGAGCCAUGUGGAUUCUAACAGUAUAAGUAACACAGAAGAGCCCAUUGGGAUCACGAGAUUCGUAACUAUCUUUUUUAUAACUGCUAACUAAACAGCUAAAAUAGUUCAUAUGACGUCAAGUUCUUACCGUUUUAGAAAUUUACCCCAUGCGUGCAUCCCUUGGACUCAAAUGUUAGUGAGACCUUCGGUGUAAUAUUUAAUUACCAAUGAUUUGAUUGGCAAAUUCUUUAAGAUAUUAUUAGUAGUGGGAGGUCGGCAUGGGUGUUUUGUUUUGUGUUUCUCUCUGUCCUUUGUAAGACUUUGGUAUGUGGCUUCUAGAAUUAAAUCCUAAACCCCCUUCUUUCUCUCUUGCUUAAUGAAAUGAUACACAGAUCGCCUGCGUAUUUGAAAAAAAAAACUGUUAGUAGUUGGUAGCAAGGAACUAGAGAAGAUAAAAGAAAUGCACAUAGCUUCGAAUUGUCAUUGGACCUGCUGUAUUCUUGUCCGAAAAUAUUCCCAUGAAUAGUCGCACACUUCAAAAAGAAUCAUAUUCUAAGAUAAUAAUUCUUUCAAGUGGCUGGAAUACUAGCUGAAUCCCAUCUUGCCAAAUGCUGCUCGUUGAAAUGAAUAGCAAAAGAAUCUCAACAUUAAAUCACUGUGUGGAAAGAAAUGCCCAUGAAUAGUCACAAGAACUAGGAUUCGCUGCCUUUCUAUCCUCUCCACUCCUCCAAUAACAUCACUUUCUAAUGCUUUCCUCCCUCUAUUUUUAUGGUUGCUGUACCUCUGAGAUAUCCAAAAUAAAAGAGUAGAGGAGGCAAGCAAACACUAACGAAGAUUGGUGGAGAGGAGACGGACUGAAAAGUGUAGCGAAAAGGCAAAGAAGGCUUCUUCUCUUGCGAGGUCUAUCCAUCAAUUCUAGACUGUUCUCCUCGUCAAUAUGAGAUCUUGAUGCGCUUCGGGAGUUCAGGAGUUUGGGAACUUUUGUCCUAAUUGCAGUCUUGUGAGGUCUUACCAUUUAGUGGUGAUAGUUGUCCAUAUGUUCAUGCUUCUGGCCAUCAUGGGAAUUUGGUACUUACAUGAUCUUUUGACUAUUAAAUCACUAAUCGAUAAUCUAGGGGUUACAUGAAUUUGUUUUAGUUUCAUUCUUGCUCAAAUAAGAUUGUGCUAAAUCAGUAAGCUUUUAUGGAACAAGGUCACCUAGUUCUUGAGUUGUUAAAGUGCUUUUGGCACUUUUCUUCAACUUGCCCAGUUAAACCAUAGGAGGAGAGUUUACUUGGCACAUUUUGUGACAAUGGACGAAGAGGUUCACCUUCCAAUUCCGAGCCACCUUCUGUUUUCACAUCCCGAGAUCUCCCAUGGCUUUGAUGAAAUCUUAAAGAACACAACUACGUGUACCCACUCACACACAUGCAAUCCACCGGGUCCAUCAGUUGCUAUGCAUACGCACACGUGCCUCCACACACACAUUCAAGUCUUAGCCUCUGGUGAAAAUAAUGUUGAAGAAGAUCUGAGAAAGACCCGCAAACCUCUGGGAAAUAGGGAAGCCGUGCGCAAGUACCGAGAGAAGAAGAAAGCGCAUGCAGCCUUCUUGGAGGAGGAAGUCAAGAAACUUCGCACCACGAAUCAGCAGCUCCUGAGGAGAUUGCAGGGGCAUAUAUCACUUGAGGCUGAGGUGGUGAGGUUAAGAGCCCUUUUGUUUGAUAUCCGAGGCAAGAUUGAUGCAGAGAUUGGCACUUUUCCAUUCCAGAAGCAGUGCAGUUUUGGUUCUGUUACUUGUACAGACCAUUCCCCACGCAUUAACACUGGCGCUGAGGUAGCAGUCCGGGAAGAAAGCUCUAGACCAACGAUUGUGGAUUGCGGGAUUGACGAAACCGGUAUUGUUUCCCAUGAACUUGAAAUUCCCGGAAUGGCGAAUACAGUGGAUGUCAUUCCAAGUUUUUUGAGUACUGCGUCAUUGACUGAAUGACACUAUCAAGUUCUUCAUAGCUAUUUUCCAGAUCCAUGCCAGGUCAGGUUGCUUGAUGUUGCAACCUUGCGGGUAUACCUGUCCCUUCUUAUAGCCUUCUCAAAUAAAAUGGUGGCUAUGAUAUGAGUAAAAGUUUGAAAGUAGUCUACCAAUGAAGAUGUUGCUGACUGUAAUUGUUGGUACUUAUGAUUUAUGAAGUGUCAUAUGUGCUGUAAUUGUAUGAUAGUAGUAUUAGAAGAGGCCAAUAGCCAGUAUGGGAAAAUGUGGUUUAGUUCUGCAGAAUACUGCAGGUGUGAAGAUGAGCUGGACUUUAUUCCUUCUGUUGGUUUCUCUUGCUAGACCUGUUUUCCUCCAGAUACUAAUACUAAUAUACCGCUGUUUAGGUAGCUGUUAUAACGAGACAAAAAUGUAU